AUGUCAAGCCUCUCACUACCUCGCAGCUUGCCGGAACCCUUCUUCCACCUCUUUUUCACAAACUGUUUCAAGUCACCUAGCUGUGCCGAUCUAGUUCUCGACCGUGCCAACAAUGAGUUCGGGUUGGUUUACACCCUCGAGCCCGGCACAAUGGUGAUGGCUCAAUGGCCAGAGACCGAUGAGCCAGUAUACUUUGCUGCAACGAAAAUCCUGGCAGCUUGCUUGCGAACAAGUACUUCUUGUAAGAAGAUAUGUCUAUUGCUGGCUCACUACCAACUGGAUCUGGUGUUCGAGACGGCGAAUGGUGCGGCAGAUUUCACGCAGUUGCUUGGGCGGUUGGUCACGAAGGUUGGAAACCAGCGAUUUGAGAUAUAUGAGGCCACAUCCAAUGCGGCACUGGCACGUGCGGAUUUCACCAUGGAAAAAGAGUGUCAGGGCUUGAAGCUGGAAGAUUCUGCGCCCUGGACUGCAAUUUCGGAUGCAAAUGCUUCUGAGUGGGCUAAGAUCUACAAGGCGGGCAAGUGCUCAGACUUCACCGUCAUUGCAGGCGGAAUACUCUAUCCAGUCCAUCGUGUGCUUAGAUCUGAGUACUUCAAUGCUGUUUGUGAUGGCCGCUUCAGUGAAAGCGAGCAGCGUUCCAUUACCCUACCCGAGGAUGCGAAACUGAUAUCAACCCUUCUUCAAGAACUCUACGGAGUCUACAACUCGACCACGGGCUCGAUCUUCACCAACUUCGCUCUGCUCCGCGCACUGGAGAAGGAACUCGUGAUGAGCGACAUUCUAGCCCUCUUCAUUGCCGCAGAUAAGUACGCCAUGCAGCCCAUCAAACAUAAAGUGGCAGAAACGAUCAUCGAUCGUAUCCCAUUCAUCUACGACCCCCUGAGCAUUGUAGACCUGGCAUCCAAUGUCUACCAGUCAGAGUUUCCAGAAAUGGACUGCGGACUACGCAAGUCCAUCGUUAUGCAACUACACUCGAGGCUUCCUGCGAUCAUGGCGGAUGAGGAAGCUUGGAAGGAAUACGCUGCGAACAAGGAGGUAGUAAGGGCGUUGCACGAACAUCAGUGCGAGUUGCUAGGGGUUGGAGGGAUCCUGACUCCGCCCAGUACACCAACAAAGAGGUGA